UUGAGACCCUCACAAAGAAACGGUCAUCAGCUUCGAAUUUCCAGUGCGGCUUGUUUUGGUGCUGCACCUGCCACCGUCUUUUCCCAUAACAUGGAAAUACAUGAAGGUCGCGGACACUUCUAAAUAGACGCCUCACCUCCAAGAAUCAAGACGGGGGGCACCAUGAGUGAGGAGGCGCCAGUCACCCCCAGCUGGUUCGGGUCAGAGUCUACCUGGGCCAGCGGAGGGGGUGGCAUGGAGAAUGUCACCAUGGUGACGUUUCCUCCGGCGCCUGACUUCCCACCGCGGUACCCACCUGAGCUGUUCAUGAACCCUUGGGACAUCGUGCUGUGUUCCUCGGGCACGCUGAUCGCCUGCGAGAACGCCCUGGUGGUCCUGGUGAUCUGGCAGAACCCGGCUCUCCGGGCCCCCAUGUUCCUGCUGAUUGGGAGCCUGGCGCUGGCGGACCUGCUGGCCGGACUGGGCCUGGUUCUGCACUUCACCUUCGCCUACCUGCUCCGGUCCAACUCGGCCCAGUUGCUCACCGUGGGCCUGGUGGUGGCCUCCUUCUCUGCCUCGGUCUUCAGCUUGCUGGCCAUCACCAUCGACCGCUACCUGUCGCUCUACUACGCCCUGACCUACAACUCGGAGAGGACGGCGGCCUUCACGUACACCAUGCUGGUGCUCCUGUGGAGCGCGUCGGUGUGCCUGGGCCUGCUGCCGGUCACGGGGGUCAACUGCCUGGGCGAGGAGUCCAGCUGCAGCGUGGUGCGGCCCCUGACCAAGAACAACGUGGUCGUCCUCUCCGUCUCGUUCCUCCUGCUGUUCGGACUCAUGCUGCAGCUGUACGUGCAGAUCUGCAAGAUCGUCAUGCGCCACGCUCACCAGAUCGCCCUGCAGCACCACUUCCUGGCGGCCUCGCCUCACUACGUCACCACGCGCAAGGGCGUCUCCACGCUCGCCCUCAUCCUGGGCACGUUCGCCGCGUGCUGGAUGCCGUUCACCGUCUACUCCCUGAUCGCCGACUACACCUACCCGCCGCUGUACACCUACGCCACCCUGGUGCCCGCCACCUACAACUCCGUCAUCAACCCCGUCAUCUACGCCUUCCGCAACCAGGAGAUCCAGAAGGCGCUGUGGCUGAUCUGCUGCGGGUGCAUCCCAGCCAGUGUGGCCCACCGGGCCCGCACCCCCAGCGACGUCUGAUGUUGGACGCCUCUCUGGGUCGUGCUUCUGGGGUGGCUGAUGGGGUGAUGGAGCGGCCCAGGCUUCUAAUCAGCAUCUGUCUCCUAGGGCGUUGGUGAAGACCACGUGAAGACCACUGUCUGGCAGCCCCCUCCCCCACCCACCUACCUUACCCCUAUGGAAUGCAGGCAGGGAAAAAUGUCGGUGUAUGUGGCCCCGUAACUGUCUUCCCCUUUGAUGUAAAAUCUGAGCACUGCCACGGGAUCCUUCUCUGCCCACCAUCAUUUGCCUCUCCGGAAAACGAGGUGCCACGCCCUGUCUGGGAAAAGGGACGGUUUUCUUGUGGUAGGCAGCUGUAUAUAUAAUGUGUUGUAGAUAUUAACUUAUCAUCACUGGCUUGUGUUGAUGUAUGCUCGUCUCCUAAGCUGAGAUUUGAAAAAAAAAAGUCUGGCCACGCCAUGGAGAGAGCGCGUAUCGCUGAAGACAGGGGCCGACCAAAAGGCGGGCCUAUGCCGUGAAACCGAGGCUCGCGCAUCUCGUCUCGCUGCUGCACUCUGAACGUGCGCUGAAAGCUAAACGAUCGCGGGGUGCUAAAAAUAGCCCAGGCGUCCUCCGCAGACGCUGGAGAAAGCGAGCUGGAGGAA